AUGUCGCCUCACGUGAGCCUCGCAAGUGCAGACGCAGAUAAAUCUGUGAUUCGGAAAGGGUAUCCCUCUGUCGCAGCGCCUGCUGGUCAGCUACAUGGCCAUACUGCACCGCAAACGGCAGACUACGACACAAUCAAAUUGAAUCCCCCUAAGGAAGCCGAAAACGUCGAGGAAGCCCUACAGCCCGACAACUCUGAUGACGCGGAUGAAGACGCCGACUGGGAUAAGAGUUUCCCAGCUGGCAUCCCACGGCUGGCUGAAUACAUGGCUCGCGUGCCUGAGCGGGCUAUUUUCCGUACCUUCCGAACGCUCGGCGUGCAGAAUCUUCUCUUCAUGCAAGCAGAGAUUGACUAUCUUGAGUGGAAGCUUCAUAAUGUGAUGACCAAUUUCAGAGAGGGAAAAGGCGGCAUCACCAAAGAAUAUGCCACAGAUUGGGCUUGGAAUACAAUGGAGGAUUCCGCCAAACCACAGCCCAAGCAGUACCAUUUCAUCAUGCAGAUUCGUGAGAAGCUUGAGAAAUACGGUAAACUUAUCGUUCAUCUGUGUGACUAUGGCGCUAACCCACGUAUAGAAGAAGCACUUCUGCGACAACAUAUGCUCGCCAAGAUCGCAGCGCCCGAUCAUUUUGAUCUCGACCAGAUCAAAUCCUACAACGUGUCUCGCGCUACACGCGAUAACUGGAUUUUUCACCACAAGCCUCUUUAUGGCCUUCCUGAAGACUGUCUCAAAUAUGAUCGGUUCCAUGGACAUGUAGCUACAGACCUGAUCUCACUCAAGUCGCGCGAAUACAGCGACUACUUUACUGUGUGGGUCUGCGAGCGGUCACUUACCAUAAUCAGAAUUUUUGGGAGAUUCUUGGAAAAGUCCAAAUUCGGUGGCAGUCCAGUACUUUACGACAGCACUCUCAGAGAGUGCACCCAUUUCUUCACGGCAGUACUUGCUAGUCUAGUGCCUGCCGCUGUUGCAUACAUCUCUCAGCAUGAGAGAGAUGUGUCUCAGAUCGUGGUCAUGGCGUCGACAAACCUUCUGUUAUCGGGCUGCAUGGUCUACUUUGCGGACGCGGAAAGAGUGCAUCUCUUCCUAGCUGGUAUAUUGUAA